AUGUCUGCCUCUCCGUCUGCGUUGCAAUCGACCAAGCGUCCGUUGGAGGACCCUUCCUCUCCCUCCGGUCCUAAUGAUCAGCCGGAAGCCAAGCGUCCUGCGUUGGACAAAGUAGUAAAGGGCGAUGAGUCCGAGGCGUAUGCCGAUGUGAAAACGGAUGCGCCGGCUGCGACUGCUGAUGGCCAGGGCGACACUGUGGUCCCCGAUGCUCCUAACUCCAAGGGCGCUCAGGAGACACAACCCAUUCAGUCGACGGCCUCUCACGCCGAGUCGACCGGUGCCCAAUCCGAGCAACACCGUCCCCAGGAUGAGUCUAGCUGGAUUCACAUUCGGGCUGUAAUCUCCAGCCAGGAGGCUGCCACCGUCAUCGGUAAAGGUGGGGAGAACGUAUCCCAGAUCCGUCGUCUGUCCGGCGCCAAGUGCACCGUCAGCGACUAUUCCCGUGGUGCCGUCGAGCGUAUCUUGACCGUUAGCGGCCCCCAGGAUGCUGCUGCGAAGGCCUUCGGUCUUAUUAUUCGUACCUUGAACAAUGAGCCCCUUGAUGCCCCUUCUACUGCCCAAUCCAAGACAUACCCCUUGCGUUUGUUGAUUCCCCAUAUUCUCAUUGGCUCGAUCAUUGGCAAGGGUGGGAGCCGUAUUCGAGAGAUCCAGGACGCCUCUGGUGCACGUCUCAACGCUUCUGAUGCUUGCCUUCCCCUGUCUACUGAACGGUCCCUUGUUAUUCUCGGUGUUGCUGACGCAGUGCACAUCGCUACCUACUACGUUGCCGUGACUCUCGUCGAGCAGCUGACAGAACGCUUCGGCGGCCCCGCUGCCUCGGCCUAUGCCACCCGCAGCGGCGGUCCUGCUGGCGCUGUGCCUGGCGGCAUGCAGGUUGUGCCGUACGUGCCUCAGCCCGCUGGUGGGCAGUACGGCCAUCCCGACACCUUCAAGCGUCACCACCCUCACCCCAACCGCGGCGCAGCUGGCGGCUAUGGCGUUCCUUACCUCCAGGGCCCGGCAGCGCAAACUCCUGUAGCCCAGCCCUCGAUGCCCUACGGUGCUACUCCCCACACCCCGUAUGCUGGCGCUGGCCCGCACCAGCCCGCGCCCUACGGUGCGCCUCAGGCGGCCGCCGCACAGGCUCGUGGUGGGCCGACGCCUGCCGCUCCCGUCGGCGGUGUCAUGCCCGGCCAGCCACUGACCCAGCAGAUCUACAUCCCCAACGACAUGGUUGGCGCCAUCAUUGAAAGGGAGGAGCCAAGAUCAACGAGAUCCGUCACCUGA